UCGAGUGAAAAACGAGCGAAAGAACAGUCGUUUCUCGCAAAUAUUUUUGUUGUUCUUGGCUUUGUAUUUUUCCAUCGUUGUGAGUUUAUUUUCUAAAACAAUGCAAAGCGCUUCAGAUGUGAUAUCAUCUUUGUUUUGGUUUAAAGAAGAUCCGGACGAUGAAGAUCGAGAACCGCAAAUAAUAGAGCAAUUCGUGCAAAAUGUUGAAGAUUUUAGUUCGCAGUACGGAAGCGAAAUCAGUGUUUCGUAUACCGCUUUCAAUCUUCGUGGGCCACCUUCGAACUUUCCAGAUUAUGGCGACUAUCCACAAGCUUUUGUAAUGCGAACCUACGGCACAUGGUGGGAAGAAGCCCCUUCCGCUCAGAAGGACUACAUGCCCCAGAACAGCAGUGCCAUAACCAGCCAGGAUUUUGUAGAAGUGUCGUUUGAGCGAGCAGUCUACCCGAUGGAGGUGUCAGUCUUCGAGACAUACAACCCUGGUGCCCUGGUCCGCAUUUGGGCACGGGGACCGACAUCCUGGACCCUGCUGUGGGAAGGAGAACCGGAGUAUGUUGGUGACACGCCCAGGAUCUUCAGCCCGCCCAUCAGACAGAUGAAUGCUCCGACCAGGAUACUAAGGCUGGAGUUCAACCACAAACUAUUGCCGUACUACACUGAGUUAGACGCUGUGUUACUAAAAGGCAGGGAGCCUCCGAAUCUAGUCCGAAUGAAGAACAACUUCUCUUACUCGUCGCUAUUCUUCAAGAAGACUCAGCCAGUUGUCGAAAAAGGCCAGUUGCUCAAUCGGAUCAUGGCGUCGAAUCUGCACGAGGCUGUGGUCCCGCCGACUUUAGCCGCGAACUUGAACCGUAUUGACACAGGCCCGCCGCUAGGGGAUUUCCAUCGGCUGCCGGAUGAAACAAUACUAUGCGUGAUGAAGUACCUGGACAUACAGUCGUUGUGCCGAUGCGCUCAAGUGAACAGGCACUUCAACAGGCUCGCAUCGGAUUCCAUUCUGUAUCGCAGCAUCGAUCUUCGGCCAUAUUGGCAUUGUGUGCAGUCACAGGUUCUAGUCACAUUGUCGAUGCGAUGCAAGUUCCUACAGAAGUUGGAUCUUUCCUGGUGCGGCAGCCAUCGCAUGAUCCAACCCAAUUACGUGGUCAAUUUGCUACGAGACAGUGGGGCGGAAUUAACACAUCUCCGGAUGAAUUGCUGCAAAUUCGUUGACAACUCGGUGCUAAGAGCUAUUAUUGACACUUCUACUUGUUUACAAGAACUCUGUCUGCGGUCUGUCGUUGGCUGUACAGACUGGAUGUGCCUCUCUGCCUUGAAGAAGCUGAAACGCCUGGAUCUCUACAGAACUAAUAUAACAACUUCUGCAGCGGUGGCUAUUAUCAGAUCUAAUCCGGGGCUGCAGCAUCUUAAUGUUGGUUCAUGCAAAAUGAUAUCCGCAAUGGACGAAGUGGCGAUGGAGUUAGGUGCAAAUUGCCCUGACCUGAUUUCAGUAGACUUCUGGAAGUCUUACUCGCUAACUCCAAACGGAAUCAGAGCGCUUGGGAACUGCAGGAAUUUGCAGGAACUGGAUGUUGGAUGGUGCCUCCAAGCGGGUGGUUCAGGCGAGUGGUUGGCAUGGCUAUCCGGCGGGGAACUUCGCAAGCUGUUCCUUGGAGCACUACGGGGCGUCUGCGAUAGGGACUUGCGAGCGUUGCUGCCGAAAGCACCCAGGCUGGCCCAGUUAGACUUGCUCGGCGUUCGAGCGGUCACUCCGGACAUCUGUGACGCGAUCUUAGCUGAAUGUCGAGAACUGCGGCUAUUGGAUGUCAGCUUCUGCGAUCAAAUACACGAAUCUCAGGUCCUGGAAUGGCGUGAGCAAUAUCCCCACGUGAGCAUCAAGCGGUCUUUCCAAUCUGCUAAUUUGAACACAGCGCCCAAUCCGCUAUUCCUGGCCCCUAGCUUAGAGUGAACGUAAGUGGUGGAUAUUUAUAUUAAGUGAGAACUGUAGGUUACAAGGAAAUUAUAUUUCACCAAUACCUUGAUAUGAAACUCUUGUUAGUAUAAAUGUUACGGUCAAAGUGAUAAAUGUGAAAAUUAUGAAUAAUCGCCGGUUAUUAUGAA